AUGGGUUUCCGACCUCUUGUUAAUUUAUCUGGACCACUCAGUGGUAACAUGAAUUCUAUAUUCUCAACAACAGCACGGUCAUUUGUUAAUCCGUUUCUGAAUCAAUCAUCAUUUUCGAUCGAUAAUAAUCAUCUACAACAACAACAACAUAAAGAUGAUGAUCAAGUUGAUGAUGAUAGCAACGAUGCUGAUCUCAAAGUUGAACUAGAAAACAAACAACUCUGGGAUGCUUUCCAUACACACGGAACAGAAAUGGUGAUCACUAAAAGCGGCCGACGAAUCUUUCCUGCUUUUAAAGUGAAAGUAACUGGUUUGAAUCCGCAAGCGAAAUAUGUCUUUUUGAUGGAUAUUCAAGCGGCUGAUUCUCAUCGAUACAAGUUUCAUAAUUCAAAAUGGAUGGUUGCCGGCAAUGCCGAUCCCGAAAUGUCGAAACGUCUCUACGUUCAUCCGGAUUCACCAGCCACAGGUGAACAAUGGAUGUCAAAAUCGGUUUCGUUUCAUAAAUUGAAAUUGACAAACAAUCUUUCUGAUAAAAAUUCUUAUACAAUACUCAAUUCGAUGCAUCGUUAUCAACCACGAUUGCACAUCGUGAAAACGAAUGACUUGAUUAAAAUACCAUGGUCACCAAUUAAGACUUUCAUAUUCAAAGAAACACAAUUCAUUGCUGUUACUGCAUAUCAGAAUGAAAAGAUUACCCAAUUGAAAAUAGACAAUAAUCCUUUUGCGAAAGGUUUUCGAGACAAUGGAGCAGCAAGCAAGCGUGAUAAAAGAAGACUCAAUUUCGAUCUCACAUCAAAUGCAACAUCAUCAUCGUCAUCAACGGCAACUACCAAUAACACAGCAACGACGAACACUAGACUGCUAUUCGAUAAGCCACCAAUAUCUCUCCUGCAUAAUUUUCGUUCCCUUGAGAAUACAUCCGAGAAAAAUGAUGAAUUUAUUGAUAUUGAAUCACAUAAUCAAUACGAGAAUGAUUCUCUGCCGAUCAAAAGCACACCAAGUUUAUGUUCGCCAACAUCCACUAGUACAUGUUCUCCGACUCUCGCUCAUCAUCGAUCGAUUCCGAUCAUUUCACCAACUUAUUCAUACGAUCAUCGAUCACUGAAGAGAUCUCGUUCACCUUCAGCGACUGACGAAGAAACGACGAAGCGAGUUUGUGCAAAUACUAAUCCUCGUCCAGUGGUUAAAAACGAUCUGCGCAACAUCGAAUCAUUGAUCGAGCGAGUACCGGAAAAACCCAUUCCGACCCCUCCAGCAAUCUUCGAUCCAAACUAUCUCUAUCUGUUCUACAUGGCACAAUUUCAGAAUCAUCAAAAGCCGCCCUUACUACAUCCGCAUGCAUUGCAACGAUACUUCUUAUAUAAUCAACAGCAACAAUUUCAAAACUAUUAUCAAUAUUCUUCGAUACCGCAUACCAAAUAG